AAAUAAACUGAGUGACAGGUUGUCAUCAUUUUGAAGGUUGCAUGUUGAACGUAAGAGUUUGAAAAUAAGAUUGUCUACUAGAAUGCGGUAUGGCUAACACAAUCACUUGCCUCUUAAUCCUAUUUCUAAAUGGAUACAAAGUCAAGGCACUGUCCAUUAUGCAAGGGCAGGAAGUCAACUUGGUUUUCCCUUACCCAUGUAGCAGUACAGACGUCACAUUACAAUCAAAUAGAGUCCCAUUUUAUAGAUCUACAUCUGGUUUAUCACCUUCCUUGCCCCAAGAUCAGGCCCGAAGAUUCACUGUUCAGAAUAGGAUUGAAAUUGGAACCUGCUCUCUGGAACUUACAAUAAAAGAUGUCACGAGAGGUGACAGAGGGACAUACAUUUUGUUUUCAUAUAAGGAUGGUCUUAAAGAUUUUUUUACUAAACAUGAAAUAUUGCUUCAGGUAGAUUAUCCACCUGGUAAUGCAUCCUGCAUUGUAGGUGCAUAUAAGGGUGGAGAAUGGGUAGCAGUAAACUGUACAGCUAAUGUGGGAAGUCUACCAGCGAGGAUUGAAUGCUAUCAGAAUGAUUUAUGGAUGCCUACCUUGACUGAACCUACAGUGAAAGAAUCUUUGUUGAAACAGACUAUUCUCAUUCAAAAAUCACAGACAGCAUUUUGUUGUUCUACCAUUUUAAAUGAAAACAAAGAGAGAUGCAAGUGCAAUGAUACUGCACUAUUUUUAGAUGAUAACAGUACUAUAAUAGACCCUUGUCCUACCAUUUCAACACAAACAUCAAUAUCAACUACUGUAUACAGAAAUUCACACCCAAAUGAUCUCUCAACAACUGCAACAGCAACAACUAUUCAUUACAAAAUAAAGAAUCAGAAAUCAUAUCUUAUAUUAUACAUAUUGGUAGCUCUUCUGGUCAUUGCUUUGUUCGUAGUGUGUGUAACUUUCUUCUAUAAACAGAGAAAAAUUAGCCAAGCCAACCGUAGUAAUAUUAAGUUAGAAGAGAAUAGUAAAGAUGAUCAAGGAAGCAUUACAGAGAGGCUGAAUCAAAGUCAGGAAUUAUAGAGCUAUGCAAUGAAUGAAUACAAGUUAGGGAGAAAGAAAAGGCAAUAUAUUUCUAUUUCAUAUGAUAUACAAUCAUUGGAUUUUACAAAUAGCCA